GAAAAACAUAUCCAGAGAACUUCUCCUGUUCAAAUGUAGCUAAUUUUAAAUUUAUUUAAACUUGCACAAAUUAAAUUAAUAAAAAUAAUUUUCACCGUUAUGCGCGAAAUUCCUUUUGUCCGGCAACUAUGUUUUUUAAAUUUUGUUUUGGUUUUGUUUUUUGCCAAUUUCUUGUUUUGUUGUUAUUUGUUGCUUCUUUGUAAAUUUUUUGAGUCAUUGGUCAAAAGAAAACGUCGUUCGUACAAAAAGUGAUCGCAUCCUUUGUCUAAUUUGUAAAAUUUAAUUAUACCAUUUAAUUUAAAAUGGAAGUAAAUGAAGUUGAGAAGGACACCACGGACACCACGAACACCACGGACACAAAGAAACCUACAUUCCUGAAUGUUAUGUGCGCAAUUUGUUUUGAGUUCUACGAGAAAUCAGAUCGAAUAUAUUCUACAACCUGUGGUCAUUUAUUUCACAAUCGAUGCUUGUUCGCCGCAUUGAAUCAUUCGAAAUCAUGCCCGGAGUGUCGACGGCCCUGCACUCGCAGCAGAGUACAUCCAGUCUUUUUGAAUUACGGUGAACGUACAGAGCUAGAUCUCAAAUGGACUAAUACCGCUGCAGCCGAUGUCUAUGCAAAUAUGCCCAUUUGGACACCACUUUUCGAAUUAGAGCUGCGUGGCUCACCGCGUGUCCCUUUGGCACCGCCCGAAGCAGACGAAGCCAUUCAAACUGGUACGGAUCCUGAUGGUAAUCCUACAUAUGUCGCUCGUGUCUAUUUUCAAGAUGAUCUACUGCCUGCUGGUUAUGUGCCAGCGAAAGGUGUUGCAUACGCUUCUCAUGGCUGCAACGGUUAUGCUUUCAGUCAAAAUGUUGAGCUGCUAAAUAAUUUCAAACACAAAUGGGUAGCCGAUUCAGAUGGUCACAUACCAGAGGGUGCCAUUGUGGGUGGUUAUUCUGAAUUGGGUGAAAAUUUAUAUGUGGCACGUGCACAGUAUAACGAUAAAACGCUGCUGGGUAAGGUGCAUCCUUCCCAUAGGGUAAUGUAUAUGCCGUACAAUGGAAUUGAGGUGCAUACUACCGAAUAUGAAGUGUUGGUACAGGAAAAUAUCACAGCAGAGAGUAGCGAUGAAGCAAACGAUGAAGCCUAAUUGCGCGCUUGUAAUAAAAGGUGGAACGAAUCUCCAUUUGAAUUUGCAAAUGGGCAAUUUGUUUUUAGGUAUUAAAUCAUUCUGGAUUUGACUACCAUUAGAGCUGCAUAUAAAAUAAUAUAAAAAUCAAAUUUACCUGAAGACUGUCACAACUCAAAAGUUGAAAUUUCUCCUAAGACGCCGUUAAUGUUUACAAUUUGGUCAUAAAAUGUAGAAAAAAUCAGAUGCAUGGUUUAUUCUUAUGCAAAACCCUACACAAGAUUUUAUCACGAUUCUUUUUUUUUCAAUAAGAAGCAUAAUAUAACGAAUAAUACUGCAUCAUUUGCCAAAAAAUUAGCGUUUUUGAGUUUUGAGGCAGUCUUUUGGUAAAUGAACGUCAUGUAAAAGGCGUGAAUAUUUUUUUUUUUUAAUCAAAUGCAUAAUAUUAAGUAUAUAUCGAGCCCUAACCGCCAAAA